GGCUGCAAGUUCAGAACUUUUUUUUUUUCUCUUCUACCGCGAGUCGUCACAGGCCUUUUGAGUAAAAGAUUCCAACUUGGUCGACUUCAUUUUUUGCAGUGUCUUCUCAUUUCUGAAAAGGUCCUCCAUCCCCAGUCAACUCAACUCGUUUGAAAUAGUGCCUGUGCAUCCGUUCGCGCAAUUGACUAUUCUAGACUUUCGUAGUCCUGUCUUAAACUCCGAUUCUCUUCUCUAAUCUUUAUCUUUCACAAUGGCAGCUGUUGCUUUGUACGGCCUUGAGGUCCCGCCAGUCGGCGUCCUCGUCCCUGCCUUGGCAGAGGACAGCAUCCCCAAUGCCUCAUACCGCAUCACCAUGGCCGCUCUCGACCCCACUGAGGCGCCCGAGGCUGACGAGGAGGGUAACAUCCCCGACAAGCCUCGUGCUACAUUGAAGCUCGUACGCCAGCGAUACCCCGACCUCGACGAAGAGCUCGACGAUGAGUACCUCGAGGCCCUCAUGGGAGGCUCUGACGACGAGGACAGCGAGGACGAGGCCGGCCCUAGUGACCCUUCCAAGUCCAAGAAGGCCAAGGCCGAGGCUGCUCUAAAGAAGCUCAUCGCCGCUGCUAAGGAGGACGAAGAUUCAGAUGACGAGAUGGCUGAUGCUCCUAACGGCAAGAAGGGAAAGAAGGGCAAGCAGCUUGCCUCUAGCGACGACGACGAUGAUGAUGAAAGCGUCGACUCUGACUCCAUUGACCUGGAGGAGUUCGUCAUCUGCACCCUUGACACCGAGCACAACUUCCAACAGCCAAUUGACAUCACUAUUGGCCCCGAUGAGAAGGUCUUCUUCCGUGUCAUCGGUACCCACUCCAUCCACUUGACCGGCAACUACAUCGUUGAGGGCGAUGAGGAGGAUUCCGAGGAAGAUGACGACGAGUACGAUGACUUCCCAAAUGAACUCGAGGACAUGUACGGCGAGGGCUCCGACUCCGAGGACGAGCUCGACGGCCUCGAGGACCCCCGUGUCACCGAGGUUGAUUCCGAGGAGGAGGCUGCUCCCAAGCUGGUUAAGGCCAAGGAUAGCAAGAAGGGCAAGAAGCGAGCUGCUGAAGAGGACGCCGAGAGCCUCGAUGCUCUCAUCGCCAAGGCUGAUGCUGCUGACGACAAGACCAGCAAGAAGCAACAGAAGAAGUUGAAGAACAACAAGGGUGACGCUGUCGAGGUUGAGAAGUCCAAGGCCGAAGCAAAGGAAAGCCCCAAGGACGCCAAGAAGGUUCAGUUCGCCAAGAACCUCGAGCAAGGACCGACAGGAUCAGCAGCUAACGCCGAGAAGGGAGCCGCCCCUAGUGUCAAGGUCAUCCAGGGUGUUACCGUUGACGACCGCAAGGUUGGUAAGGGCCGCCCUGCCAAGAGCGGAAACAAGGUCGGUGUCCGUUACAUUGGCAAGCUCCAAGAUGGCAAGGUUUUCGACUCCAACAAGAAGGGCAAGCCCUUCACUUUCGCCAUCGGCAAGGGCGAGGUCAUCAAGGGAUGGGAGAUUGGUCUCGAGGGCAUGCAGGUUGGCGGAGAACGCCGUAUCACUAUCCCUCCCAAGUUGGCCUACGGCAGCAGAUCUCAGCCCGGUAUCCCUGGCAACUCUACCUUGGUGUUUGACAUCAAGCUGCUUGAGAUCAAGUAGAUUGUGCUUAGCGACUUGGUUAAAGGGGUUUCACAUUUCUGUCUAAAUAUCCUCAUUUCUGUUUGCCGAUACCGCAUUCGGCUGUAUUAUGAAAGGUUUCCUAUAAAUCUUGCGCUGUGGGGGUCUCUGACCUGCGCGAGUCUGCGAUGAUCCGCUCUAUAUCCCAGAUGCGAGAAGUAGAUGUUGUUAUAAGGGAUGACGACGACUGGCAUUGCAUCAGGCGCAUGAAAAGUCAGAUUUUCGGGGUGCCGAUUGCUUUCAAGAUGCAAUCGCUUUUCCUGCUUCGUCUAUUCGGUGGCGGGUAGCUAUUCGGACAAUACACAUACAUGACAAUAAGAUGA